AUCUCUCUCUCUCUCUCUCUCAUGCAUCGGCCUCCAUGAUCUCCUUCGUCCUAUGUUGAUGUCUUUGUUACCACAACCACCACUUAUCUGCUCUCUGGCCACCAUCCGCCUACACACGCCCCAGCACCCCAUCCUCCAGCUGUCGAUCUAUUGGGACGAAGAGGAGUCGCGCCAAAAAGCUCAGCACGUGGCCCUCAGGCGCGGCUUGUUUCCGUGCGUGUUCCUCACGUGCCGCCGUGCAACAACGCUUCUAACAACUAUACGCGUCGUACCAGCAGGUUUGUCUCAUCGAGAUCUUCCAGAUCUGAGCCACCCUGUCUCCAUCCCAUCGGCGCGUGGCUGCCACGCGCUAUCACAAGAGCACGGGAAUACAGAUGAUCAGCAGAUCAGUCCACCCGAUGUCGGAUUUCUCACUAUGUUAUCACUUUUCCUAAACCAUGAUCUUGAAGAAGGGAUUGCGGAUCUCUCCAAAAAUCAUCUCAAGACAACAAGCAACAGUACACCCGCCACUCUCACUGCUUUCAGCAAAGGUUUCACUGCUACUAGCAGUGGUUCCAUUGUUUGCAAUUUUUUGUGAACAACUUAUUUUCAUUUUUAAGACGGUGUCCUCUUUGUAGGCAUGAGUGAAGACUAAAAAAUUGGUCGUAAAAAUCUAUUUUUUUCUUUUUUAUUCAUCACUUUGUACUGUUAUUAUUGUUCUGGGAUGUUUGUUAAGAAAUUCCACCCUCUCUUCUUGUAUCAUCUUUUCUAAUGAAAUA